CGCUGCCUGACAGGCUUGACUGUGGGCGAAAAGACAAGAUGGUCUGUCUUUAAGGGCACGUGACCUACCCGGAACUUGGUGACGUAGCAGAACAACAAAGAUGGCUGGAAUAGGAAGCAGCAACUACUGGGAAGAUCUGCGAAAGCAGGCCAGACAGCUGGAAAAUCAAAUUGACCUGAAGUUGGUUUCCUUCAGUAAACUGUGCACCAGCUACAGCGGCUCCAGGGAUGGACGUCGAGCAGAAACGUCGGACACCACGCCCCUGCUGAACAACUCCACCCAGGACAGGAUGUUUGACACCAUGUCCGUGGAGAUUGAACAGCUACUGGCCAAACUGACUGCAAUAAAUGACAAGAUGGCGGAGUACACCAAUACCCCGGGCACGGCUUCUCUCAAUGCUGCACUCAUGCACACGCUCCAGAGACACAGAGACAUUCUACAGGAUUAUACGCAUGAAUUCCACAAAACCAAAAGUAACUUCUUGGCCAUCCGGGAAAGGGAGGACCUUCUAGGGUCUGUCAGGAAAGACAUUGAGACCUACAAGAGUGGCUCUGGUGUCAACAACAGAAGAACGGAACUGUUUCUAAAGGAGCACGAGCAUCUGAGAAACUCUGACCGACUUAUGGAUGACACAAUAAGCAUCGCCAUGGCGACCAAGGAGAAUAUGACCUCCCAGCGGGGCAUGUUGAAAUCCAUACAGAGCAGGGUUAACACUCUGGCCAAUCGUUUCCCCGCCAUCAACAGUCUCAUCCAGAGAAUCAACCUGCGGAAGAGGAGGGACUCCCUCAUCCUUGGCACAGUGAUCGGUGUCUGCACCAUUCUCCUCCUCCUCUAUGCUUUUCACUGAAAGACAUGCCAGGCGUAGUCUCUAAAGAAGCAGGACUGAUCUGCGAGGGAACCACAGGACCCCUAUCAGAAGAUCCUGGAGGAUCCUGAGCAGAAGGACAUUCACUGGGUCCAACUCUGAGAAGGGAACAUACAGUAUUCAUCCAACAUGACUGCUGAACUGGUGGUUGGGUGCAAAUAAGACUAGAUUUUUUUAACAGUAUCGUAACUCAUUUGAAGAGAAACUGUGAGCCUGUGUGAUGCAUGUUACGUCUCGCAGGUGAAGAUUUUUAGUUGAAGGGUCCUUUUUAAUUCAUGAACUUGGAUGGUUCAUCGUUGGGCUGUGAAUUUGCAUUAAUAAAUUAUUCAUAUUAA